UCAACACAGCAUCUCAACAGAAGCAGCAACAACUUACCAAGUAUUGAAAAAGUAACGCUCGCGGUGUUACAAAAUCAUAUAACAAGAGGCCAAGACGACCUCAUAGUAUUUGUUUUGGGCAAAACUUUUAAGGUAUGUCUCGAGGAAGUGGGCGGGAACGAGGAGAACCGUGCGCGCGUGAGGGGUGUCGCGUAAUAUUCAGUCUCACAGUCGGGUAACGAGUCAGGUGCGCCUGUCGGUCCGCGGGGCAAACUCAGAGAAACGAUGGAUUUUAUCCGGUAAGCAGGCGGACGUUUCUGAACAAACAACGAAAACUAUGUCGUAGCGUCGCUGCGGCGUCGGACGAAGUGGAGAUAUUCGCUUACGAGUUUCUAAUCCUCCUUGCAAUUUCCCAACAAUUCCCAUCUUUAUUUUCCUACAUUUUCGACAACUAAGCUCCUUUUCUCCCACUUGUAUCUUUUCCUGCAACCUCACCCCCUGCCCCCGGCUCCUCUUAUCUCUCGGUCUCCUCUGUCAUGUCCGUAUCCAUGAGGAACCCACCUCAACGCCGGCGCUCCCUGGGUCCCGUCUCACCCAAGCGAAUCUACAGGAACCUCUCUGUCAGACUGAGGGGAGGAGAGUCGUCCGUCGCCGCCGAGGUGCAUGCACCCAAACGCACCAGCAGGCCUGCAGAAGCUUACAAGACCCUGUGGGAGGCAGUGGAAAACGAGGACACUUUGGCUGUGCAGAGCCUCUUGUCCAAAGAUCAUGCCAGCUGUGGAGGAGGAGGAUCGAGCUUGUGGGAGCGAGGAGAGAAGAAAGAGACGGACUGGGAGAGAGAUAAAGAAAAAGGGGUGAACCGAGUGAGCGAGCAGGGGUUGGUUCCUCUGGAUGUGGCCGCGCUUACCCACAACUCCCCUCUUCUUCACGUGCUGACGAAGGCUGGCGCCAGGCAUAACCCUAUUUUGUGCCGGCCAGCAGACUGGGGGCUCAAGCUGGACGCCCUGGUGGAUCUGGCGAGCAGACGGAUGGAGGAGAGGAAGUCGGAGUUGGCCAGGAAAACAGGAGCAGGCCCCCAGGCGCAGGCGGAGGUCCAGAGACAGAGCCGCCUCUGGAGACUGCGGCUGCAGCUGUACUGCCGGAUGAGAGAGAACUUCCAGAACACGGAGCUCCCAGGCCCGCCCAGUCAUGUGUCCUUACUGGUAACCAGCAAUUCCUCUCUGUGCGUGGUGAUCAAGGAGCCGGACGGUAACAGCAUGGGGCUCAUCACCCGCUACAAAGUGGAGUGGAGCACCUCGGUCAGCUUCAAACGCGUCCUUGGAACGGCUCAGGUCACCGAAACGAGGAACCCCUCCUAUAUCAUCAACGGACUGACAGCAGGAACGCACUACUACGUGAGAGCGAGUGCCUACAACGUGAAGGGAUGGGGCCCGCCUCAGAGCUCGGCUCCGGUCAGCGCCGCCCCCUCCGGCUGGAGAGAGUGUGUCGGUGUGAAGACGCCGCUCAGGAACCACGAGGGCCUUGUGAGGAAACUGCUGGAAGAUGCCAAAGAAUCCCAGUACAGAGGAUAUUAUAUAGACAGCUCGAAGUCGGCGAGUCCCAGCAAGCGCCUGUUGAUGUCUCGGGGCAUCAAGCAGCUUUUCCACUCUGCCACCAAGUUUGUUCGUCUCCUGCAGAGGGGUGUGUACUUGGCGACUGUUUUCUACCACAAGGACAACAUCCUGGUGGCCGCUGAGGAUCAGAUCCCACUGGUGGAGAUCCAGUGCUGCUCCACCUCCAUCACCCAGGACUUCCUGUGGUUUGCCAAGCUGUCCUGCGCGUGGCAGCAGGUGCCCUGCCUUCAGCAGGGCCUGUCGUCUGCUCACUCCUCUCCCUCCUCCCUCCUUCAGAACCGGCACAACAUCUUAAAAGCUGUUUCUCAGCUGCAGUCUUCUCUAGGAACAAUGGAUUUGGGUCAGGUGUACUACGAACCGCUGAAAGACAGGCAGGGCAAUGUGCUAAUAGUGACGUUGAGGGAGUUCCCAAAUCCUCCAUCAAGCCCUCCUGACCCUCCAUUCCACUGGAUUCCUCUGGACCGGCUGGAGCGGAACCGCAGCAGAACCCCUCUGCUGCCCGAGCCCACUGCCAUGGAUACGCUCUUUGAGCAAUUGAAGGACAAGCUGUCCUUCCACAGGCACAGCAUCCAGUGGGUCCAGCCCGGCCUGUAUGUGGGCAUCCUAAAACUGUGCAGCUCGGUGGACCAGAUCAGGGUCCUGGUGCCGCAGCGGCUGCCAAACCUCCUCUGCCACACGCGGGUCCGACAGAAUCCCCACGUGACCAGAGAGGAGUGGGCCUGGCUCCAGAGUCAUGUUUACACCGCACAUGGCGGCAGCGCUCGGGGCCCGCCGAGCGGCGAGGAGGAGAAGGAGGAGAGCAGCGGAGUGGAGGAGUUUGUCAGGUCUCUGAGAGCCGCAGUCACACAUCUCCUGACGAAGCUCAACAUCCCCCUCUACAGGGCCUACCAGUAUGGCGUGUACACGCGGGAGCUGCUACAGUUGGGUGGGAAGGUCUCCAUGCUUCUGCUCCUGCCUCCCAGUGAGGACUUCAGCUCCAGUUACUGGCCUCUGGUGGGAACCAAAGAGCCCGGCCUCACCCUGCCCCUGCAGAUCUUUGAACUGGUUCACUUCUGGACCUACGAGAGGGACUUCCUGAGUCAGUACUGCCAGGCCUGGGUGAGGCUGGAGCUGGACACUCACCUGGCCCAGCAGGCUCUGCGUGAAGCGCUGGACACCAAAGAGGUGCAGGAAGCGCGGGAGCGCCUCAAUAACCUCACUGACCUUUCUCGUCGUUUGGAGAUGGUGUGGAGGGACACCCGUUGGAUAAUGGACUGUCUGCAGUGUGUCCGCUCCAAGCAGUGGGUUGGGGCAGUGCCUUUGGGCCUGGUGAUGGGUGGGGACCCACCGCCUUGUCCUGAUGGUGAAGAAGAGGAAGACAGCUUGGCUGCAAGGUUGAAGUGGCCCAGCUGGAUCCAAACACAAAGAUCUGCAGCAAGUAAUGGCGCCACCAUGGGUGGAAGUUCUUCCGCUGUCCCCAUACCAGUUACCGCCGAGGUCUGCGCUCCAGAAAGAAUCCCGGUUGUCCUGGAGAAUGCUGCGCUCAGGUUGAUGGAAGGCGUCGUGAAGGGAGGGUACCCUGUUGACAUCAGCUCUCAGUCGACGGCGGACCUGUCCGGCAUCGGCCUGCCGGAGGACGGAUACACCGGCGCUUCAGUGGACAGUGGACUUGACUCUGCUGCUGUGGCACAGCUAGAGGCCACGGUGUUGGACACCACAGACUUCAACCCCAGCAUCACAGACGUCAUCCGGCCGAUGGAGAUGGCGGAGCUGGUGGACAUCUUGCCGACGCUGAGUCUUAUUGAGGAGGAGAACCCCGGUGCUCCAUCCACGCCGUCUGUAAUGGACAUCCUGGAGAACUUUGGACUUGGGAUCGGGGAGGAAAACGCCCACUUUGUCUUUGAGAUUGACGACAGGAGGGGGUCAAAGGUGAACCCUGAGAGCGAGACGCACUGUGAGGGUAUUGUGUUAAACGGAGCGGGAGUCACGCCUUCUUGUGCCACUGUAAAUGGUUCAGAGAGCGACACGCCUUUUUCAGGGCGCGCCUCGCCUCGGGACGAUAGACAGACGAUGGAGGCUCCGAGUAAGGGGGCAUCACUUCCAGUGAGAAACCUGGUGGAGUGGGACAGACCGUCCACCAGUUCAUCCUGAUAUUAAACUUUGUCAGCUUGAAGUUGCAGUCACACUCCAGCACUCGAUAAAGAAGUGAAAAACCUCACUUGUUCUUUUUUUGAUCACUGUAUUUAUUCAUGGUGUAUAAAAACUUGAGUAAGGGCUGGAUGAUGUUAGGGCUCAUAUCAGUCGAUAUCAAUAAUUACUGAUUAGUUUUUUGUUUUAAAUAUCUGAAAUGCUCCCAAACUGGUGACAUGGCCUUUCCUGUUUUAUCCACAGUUUUCAUUCUACGCCAUUUUAAAAAACUUUUUAAGUAGUUAUGAGGCACGGUGGCGAAACCUGAAACUGCUGCUGCGCAAGUUACUCAACAGGUUGUUGCUAAGCGACCAAAGAGUAAGUGAGUU